GCAGUAUCGUGAAUUGAGAGAAUGGUGGCGCUGGGGAGCUACUGCGAGCAAAAUGGCAGCGUGUCCCAGGCUUGGCUGGACAACGGCCUCUCUCCAUGCUUUUAUUUCACUCUGGUCCCAUCGGUGUUGCUCAGCAUCUCCAUCCUCCUGGGAACUUUACAGUCGGCCUGCUACGCCAAGCACAGCCGGACGAUGGAGCCCAAGUACAUCCCCAAGUCGGGCCUGUACCGCGUGCAGCUGGCGCUGUCCGUGGUGCUGAUCCUGCAAGCUCUGGGAGGCCUGAUCUGGCAGGCGGCGGGCGGGGAAGUGAUGUACGGCUUUAUGAUUGUGCACGGCUGCCUCUACGCCGCCGCCUGGGCUAUCAGCAUUUGGCUCCUUCAGUUGGAGCGGACGAGGGCCCUGGAACGAGAGAGGAGCAGGGGCCACGGUGCCGUUCUCCUGCUGUUCUGGGCCCUGGCGUUCGCCGCUGAGAACUUGGCGUUCAUAUCUUGGCAGAGCCCGCACUGGUGGUGGACGUCCAUGGACACUGCUGCACAAAAAGUGCAGUUUGCUUUGUGGAUCCUGCGCUACAUCUGCACGCUGUUCCUCUUCAUGCUGGGAAUUCUCGCCCCUGGCCGGCCGCGCAAACCGUAUAUCAUCCUCAUCAACGAAGACGAGAGGGACAUUGAGAAUACGCAGCCCCUUUUGAACGAUCAGAACCAGUCAACAUGGCAAGGUUUCUGGAAGAAGGUGCGCCUCCUCGUUCCGUAUAUGUGGCCGCGGGGGAAUAUACUACUGCAGCUCCUGGUUCUCCUCUGCAUGGGGCUGAUGGGUGUGGAACGAGUCAUCAAUGUCUUCGUCCCCAUCUUUUACAAAAAAAUAGUGGACCAGCUGACGGAAGGAUCUCCCUGGCACGCUUUGGCACUCACUGUCUGCCUAUAUGUACUGCUCAAGCUGCUGCAAGGAGGAGGAGCAGGUGCAACGGGGUUUGUAAGUAACAUGAGAACCUUCCUGUGGAUCCGGGUGCAGCAGUUUACAAACCGCCAGGUGCAGAUCCGCCUGUUUGGCCACCUGCACUCUCUGUCCUUGCGCUGGCAUCUCGGGCGCAAGACGGGGGAGGUGUUACGUAGUGUGGACAGAGGGACCAGCAGCAUCAAUAGCUUACUGAGUUACAUAGUGUUCAGUAUAAUUCCCACCAUUGCCGAUAUUAUCAUUGGGAUCAUCUAUUUCACGUCUUUCUUCAAUGCCUGGUUUGGGCUGAUCAUUUUCAUCUGUAUGACUUUAUAUCUGACUCUCACCAUCAUCAUCACAGAAUGGAGAACGAAAUACCGUCGAGACAUGAACACCAGAGACAAUGAAGCCAAAUCCCGGGCCGUAGACUCUCUGCUGAACUUUGAAACGGUGAAAUAUUACAAUGCUGAAGACUAUGAGGUGAACAGAUUCAAUGACUCCAUACUGAAAUACCAGGUGUCGGAGUGGAAGGUUAAUGCUACGCUGGCUUUUUUAAACCAGACCCAGAACCUCAUCAUUGGGCUGGGCCUGUUGGCUGGCUCGUUGCUGUGCGCCUACUUUGUCACUGAAAACAAGUUUAAAGUUGGCGACUAUGUGCUUUUCGGCACCUACAUCAUCCAGCUUUACACGCCGCUCAACUGGUUUGGCACUUACUACAGGAUGAUUCAGAAUUCAUUCAUCGACAUGGAGAACAUGUUUGAACUCUUCAGUGAAGAUCAGGAGGUGAAGGAUUUGGUGAACGCCGGCCCGCUGAGGUUUCGCAGUGGAAAAAUAGAGUUUGAGAAUGUCCAUUUCAGCUAUACAGAUGGACGUGAGAUCCUGCGAGAUGUCUCUUUCACUGUGAUGUCGGGGCAGACCAUGGCACUGGUGGGGCCCUCGGGCUCCGGAAAAAGCACAGUUAUACGUCUUCUUUUCCGCUUUUAUGACGUGAAAGGAGGCAGCAUCCGGAUCGAUGGGCAGGAUAUUUCCACAGUUCAGCAAGCCUCUCUACGCUCCCACAUCGGCGUGGUGCCUCAGGACACGGUGCUGUUCAACGAUACGAUUCGGAAUAAUAUCCGUUAUGGACGGGUCAGCGCCACCGAUGAGGAGGUGGAGCAAGCAGCAGUUGCGGCUGAUAUUCACGAACGGAUACUCUCCUUCCGUGAUGGAUAUGACACGCAAGUCGGGGAACGGGGUCUGAAAUUAAGCGGCGGAGAGAAGCAACGAGUCGCCAUUGCGCGAACCAUCCUAAAGGCGCCACAGAUUGUCCUUCUAGAUGAGGCCACGUCAGCACUGGACACCGAAACCGAACGCAACAUCCAAGCUUCACUGGCCAAAGUUUGCGCCAAUCGCACUACAGUUGUUGUUGCUCAUCGACUCUCCACCGUGAUCAACGCAGAUCAGAUCCUGGUUCUGAAAGAAGGACAAAUUGUAGAGAGAGGAAGACACGAGGAGCUGCUCUCGAAGGGAGGCAUCUAUGCAGGAAUGUGGCAGAAUCAGCAGAGCAACACCGAGUCCUCUUCUGACUCCGAAACCGAGAGGAAAGACAAAAUCUCAGAAAAGCUACAGCAGCCCAAGCUGGCCCUGAGGAAACCUCACUAGACAGCAGCGUAACGUCGCUUUGUGCUGCACGGCAGCCGCGGACAAUGUUGGCUACAGAAAAGAUUGUCCUCCUCAGCAUUCUGUAUGAAGCGAGAGGAUUAAUGGCAGUGAUCACAUCUCCUAUUAUUAGCAGAGGCCGCGCUAGAACAAAGCUUCUGUUUUCAUAGAACCGUGCUGGGAAAACACUGCAGUAACAAUGAUUUUCACAUUUAGCAUCUUUCAGGGUUUGCCAAACGAGAAAUUUGGGUAGUUACUGUAUGUGAACCUCUUAUCAACCUUACCUGCCGGGACAUGCAGCUCAG